AUGAGCAACAGGCUUCAUAAUGCCGUGCUCGGGCUUUCCAACAUCAUCCUCAUUGCCGCCCUGGUGAUCUUUGCAAAGGGAUUCUUCCCCCACAAAGCCUUCUUGCCGGGGCUGGCGACAUGGCCCGCUGCCACAGCCGCCACGGGCGUUGCUCGGUCGUCCCCCUUUGACCGCGUCAUCUUUAUGGUCGUCGACGCCCUACGGAGCGACUUCGUCUACGGGAACACCUCGAGCUUCACUUUCACCCAGAGUCUCAUCCGGUCGGGCGCGGCCGUCCCGUUCACCGGCCAUGCCAGUGCGCCCACCAUCACCAUGCCGCGCGUCAAAGCCAUCACGACCGGCUCCGUGCCCAGCUUCGUGGACCUGAUCCUGAACUUCGCCGAGUCGGACACGACGUCGACCCUCCGCGACCAAGACACCUGGCUGGCCCAGUUGCGCGCCAAAGACGGCGGCGGUGGCAACCUCGUCAUGUACGGCGACGACACGUGGCUGCGCCUGUUUCCGGGCUUCUUCGCGCGCGCCGACGGCACGACCAGCUUCUUCGUCUCCGACUUCACCGAGGUCGACAACAACGUUACCCGGCACAUCCCUGCCGAGCUGGCGAACCGGGACUGGUCGGCCAUGACCCUCCAUUUCUUGGGCCUGGACCACAUCGGGCACAAGACGGGGCCCAAGGGACCGAGGAUGCCCGCCAAACAGGCCGAGAUGGACGGCAUCGUCAGGGACAUCUAUGAGAAAUUGGAGAGCUACGACCACCUCCAGUCGUGCUUGUUGGUCCUGCUGGGCGACCAUGGCAUGAACGAGGGUGGAAACCACGGCGCGUCCUCCCCGGGAGAAGUCUCCACGGCUCUCACAUUCAUCUCUCCCAAGUUCAAGUCAGCCUUCGAAGGGCAAUCUUGCCCCGUCGACGACGCGGUGGACUACCAUUACUACGACACGGUCGAACAAUCCGACAUCGUCCCCACGCUUGCGGCCCUGCUGGGAUUUCCAAUCCCGCUCAACAACCUCGGGGUCAUCGUGCCGCGACUGCUGGAGCUCUGGACCCAGCCUCACGACCAGUACGCUUUACUCUACCGCAAUGCGGAGCAGAUUCUGCGCAUUGCACAGGCGACAUUCCCCAAGGAGUUCAGUCAGGUGUCCCCGUCGACUGAAGAAGAAUGCUCGAUCACCGACGGAGAGGACGCCGAAGUCCUCGCCUGUCUGUGGCGGCAUGUCGCAACCGAGCAUCAAGCGGUCCGCACUGACCAGCCCCAUCUUGUUCCACCGACCACGCAUCUCAAAUCCUUUCUGUACAAAGCCCAAACCCUCCUCAGUGGCACGGCCAGUAACUACGACCUGACCAGCAUGCAGGUCGGCAUCGGCCUCAGCACGCUGGCACUGGCCCUCUGCAUACCCAGCUUCAUACAGGGUGCUCUAGGCGCCGGUGUGGACGGGGUGAUCCUGGUCGUCAUCAUGCUCGCCUACGCCGUCACCAUGUUCGCCAGCAGCUACGUCGAGGAAGAACAUCAGUUCUGGUACUGGACCCUUGCUGGCUACCUCUUCAUUCUGCACUGCCGGGACAGCAGGUUCAAGAUGACCGACGCCGGGGGAACACGUGCUCGUCGUCCUAUAUUGGAAGGGCCGACGAUGGGCACCGCGAUCGCGUACCUCCUGUUUGGCGUGGCCCGGCGCUGGCGACAGACGGGGCAGAAGUAUGCCGGCGAGGCCGACAUCCUCGGCGAAGUCAUCACGCCCAACGCCUGGCUGCUCUGGGCGCUCGUCAUGCUCGCGUACGCGGUGCCCUCGCGCAACCUGAGCCGGCGCGCCGGCGUGUGGAUGGGCUCGCCGCAGAUGGGCGUCCUGCCGGCUCUGGUGUCCAUCUCGGCGUUCCUGUUCAAAAUCGCCUUCACGGCCGCCGACGCGCCCGAGCUGCUCGCCUCCUUCCCACUGCUCGACCCGCUCGUCGGCUUCGUCGCCGCCUAUCCGCUGGUCAGCAUGGCCCGCGUGGUCUUCCUGGGCCUGGCCCACCUGCUUGCCUGCGCCGUGUACUACGAGGCGCCGUGGACGAGCGCCGCCCAUGUGCGCCGCUUCCUGCCGGCCUUGCAGGACGUGCUCUCGCUGUUCCUCAUCACUCAGUCGCGCACCGUCUACGUGCCGCUGUUCCUCUUCUUCCACCUGCAGCUGCACCUGCUGCGGCAACGUGGCCGGCCGCGCUCCGUCGGCGAGAUCACCGUCCUGGGCCUCUUGUUUCAGUACGCCUCGUUCUUCACCUUCGGCAGCACCAACUCCAUCGCCACCAUCGACCUGUCGAACGCGUACAACGGUGUCAGCGGCUACAACGUGGCCGCCGUGGGGAUGCUCACGUUCAUCAGCAACUGGGUCGGCCCCAUCUGGUGGGCCUUUGCCAUAUGCCAACUGUUCAGCACGGUCCAGCUCACCGGUGGUGAUGCUGCUGCUGGUACUGCUGCGAGGAGUAGCAGUUCUUUUCUCUUCACGGCGUUGGCAACGUUUUCUUGUAUUCAUGCCCUGGCGGUCAUGUUGGCCUGUAUGGUACUGCGCGAACACCUCUUCAUCUGGACCGUGUUCUCCCCCAAGUAUCUCUACACGGCGGCCUGGGUCGUGGGCCAGCACACCCUCGUCAAUGCAGUUUGUGUCGGGUCGCUGCUGCAGCCGUGGCGGCGGACAAGGCGCGAUCCGACAGAACCAUCUGGCACUUCAAACAUAAACAAAUAG